CCUUCAGCCUUUUCGCCCCGCCCCCGAGCUGCCCUCAGCGCCGCCCGAUUGCUGCUGUGGCCACGCGAAAGACUGAUCUUCGCCCAGACCGAGCUCGGGUCCCGAAGCCGCUCGGAGACAGGAGGCCGUGGGUUCCCCUCAUCCAGGUCAUGUCGGGCUGUCACACUCCGGAGGGAGACUGCUGCUCGCAGCGCUGCGGCGCUAAGGACAAGGAACAUCCAAGAUACCUGAUCCCAGAGCUUUGCAAACAAUUUUACCACUUGGGCUGGGUCACUGGGACUGGAGGAGGAAUUAGCUUGAAACAUGGCGAUGAAAUCUACAUUACUCCUUCAGGAGUGCAAAAGGAACGGAUUCAGCCUGAAGACAUGUUUGUUUGUGACAUCAAUGAACAGGACAUAAGUGGACCUCUGCCACAUAAGAAUCUUAAAAAAAGCCAGUGCACUCCUCUUUUCAUGAAUGCUUACACAAUGAGAGGAGCUGGCGCAGUGAUUCAUACCCACUCAAAAGCUGCCGUCAUGGCCACCCUUCUCUUUCCAGGACGAGAGUUUAAAAUUACACAUCAAGAGAUGAUAAAAGGAAUAAGGAAAUGUACUUCAGGAGGGUAUUAUAGGAAUGAUGAUAUGUUAGUGGUACCCAUUAUUGAGAAUAUGCCUGAGGAGAAAGACCUCAAAGAACGAAUGGCUCGCGCAAUAAAUGAAUACCCGGACUCCUGCGCGGUCCUGGUCAGGCGUCACGGAGUGUAUGUCUGGGGAGAAACCUGGGAGAAGGCCAAAAUCAUGUGUGAGUGUUACGACUAUUUGUUUGACAUUGCCGUGACAAUGAAGAAAGUCGGCCUGGAUCCUACACAUCUUCCAGUUGGAGAAAAUGGAAUUGUAUAAGCCAGACGAAAAUGUGAUUCUCUACACAAAGCUUAUCUUAAUUAUUCGAAUGAAACUUGAUUAUUCUUUUUAAUGAAUUGAACAUUUCCAUGAUACAAUUAAUUUGUCCCUAAAUACUGAAGACAAUCACCCUGAAUGUCUUCUGACAUUGGACGAUAUUUGCUUAUAUUCUUGUAAUUUUAAAUGGCAUUGCAGUGAAAUAAAACAUUUUGUAAUGAA